CAAAUGCCGACUGCGCGUGCGCGCUUUUGCACACAACGCAAGUGACAAGUCGCCAAUUUGGAGGAAAAUCUUUUAAAGUCUGCUUGGGGAAGUUGCUGCUUCUGAUGUCAUUGCUUUUACGCUCAGCAUUCUCUUUUGCCACACUGGCUUCAAGCAGCUGGAUAAAAAGCUGCAUGCAGGCAAUUCGAUGCGAAUAGUGGAAGUCGAUGGGAUGCUACUCUGAAGAUAGCUUGGCAUCACUUCCAACUGCUUAGACUGAACUCAGAUUUAACUAGCUGAUGAACAUUUUUCGAGGUCAAUGGAAGUGUCACACUCCAUCCGAGAGCGGACCAUCGCAGAGAACAGCCUGGUCAUCCUCCUGCAAGGUCUGCAAGGCCAAGUGACCACAGUUGACCUGCGGGACGACAGCAAAGCUAGAGGCCGCGUGGUCAAUGUUGACGCCUUCAUGAAUGUCCGACUGGAAGAGGUGCUGUACCAAGAUCGCAAGGGUCACCUCACAAAACUGGCUGACCUAUUCAUCACUGGGCGCAACAUUCGCUAUGUACAUAUUCCAGACAACAUGGAUAUUGUGGACACUAUCAAAACCCAGCUCGCCAAGAUUCACAGAGUUCGUGAUUUCGGAGGGAAAGGGACUGGAAGGAAAGAAUACCCAAAAGCGAAAGGGAAAAAAUGACACUUGGACUGCAAUAUGAAAACCGUGAUUUUAUUGGAGGCUGUCAUGUGUAUAUGGUUAGGCUACUUGCUGUAGGCCUACUGUAUCUUGUACCAUGUGCUUAUGAAAAUGAACUCUGCUCUACCCUUUAUUUUGCCAUUUUUUUUGGUACAUUCUGUUGCUGGGGUGCCCUCAAAUUUCUGUUAUCAAAAUGUUUAAAAUAAAGGUGUGAUGCCCAGCUGUUGUAAGACAUUAACAUCA